AUAUUAUGGGUCCCAAGUUUGACUACAAAAAGAAUCAUGUCAAGAUUUGCGAUGGCCCUAAUGUCCGGGUUGUUGUUGAGGGAGGUGAUCGAGCUCCAAAGAGAUUAAAUUUAUACCAUAAGUUAGACAUAAAGGAGUUUCUUGCAUUAAGGAUUGGACAGUGCAAUGAUAUCCCAGAUACCAAGCUUAGGACCAAGUUAGAGGCUGAUGGGAUUCUCGUUGAACAA